AUGGAAACUCCAAACUCUCAAGGCCCCGGCGAGGGUUUCGACUUUAAGCUCUAUCGAUAUACGCCUUCGUUACCAGCUGCCAUCGUCACCGCUAUUGUCUUCGCCAUUUUGACUCUGCUCCAUGUCUGGCGUCUUUACAAAGCACGCGCCUUUUAUUUUACCGCUUUCACCGUUGGCGGGCUUUUUCAAGCGAUUGGGUAUUGCGGUCGAAUCUGGGGUCACUUCGAUAAAUUUUCAAUCGGCGGUUUCGUCAUCCAGGCUAUUUUGAUUCUUGUCGCACCCGCCUUGUAUGCCGCCUCGAUCUACAUGAUACUAGGUCGCCUCAUCCGAACUGUCAGAGGCGAACACCUAUCACUGAUUCCCGUGAACUGGGUGACCCGAAUCUUCGUCACAGGAGAUGUAUUUGCUUUCACUCUGCAAGCCGGGGGAGGCGGUGUUCAAGCUGCAGGGACCUUGGAUCUUUACAAGAUUGGCGAGAAAAUCAUUAUCGCAGGCCUUUUCGUCCAGAUCGUUAUUUUUGGAUUCUUCGUCAUUACUUCUCUGCUGUUCCACUACCGCUUACACAAGGAACCCACUCUCACAGCUGUCAGAGGUACGGUUCCUUGGAAACGCCACCUCUACGUACUCUACGUCACCAGCGCGAUUAUCUUGAUUCGAAGCGUAUUUCGAGUGGUGGAGUAUUUGCAGGGAAACAACGGAUAUCUGAUUUCCCAUGAAAUCUAUAUCUAUAUUUUUGACGCUCUGUUGAUGGCUAUGGUCAUGGCAAUCUUCCUGGUAUGGUAUGUUGAAGGGCUUGAGAAUCCGCCGCGCGACAAGUCAGUCCAGGAGAGGGAUACGCCAGGAUCUAGUGAUUAUGUGUUGGAAGAUAGGCAAGUAUGA